ACAAAAAUGAGGCUUUGUUACAGAAUACCUAUAACCUCAGUUCAAACUACUACUACUGCUCCCUUACAUCCUUCUUCUUCUUCUUCUUCGCCUUCUUUAUCUUUUACGACCAAAACAGACUCUAACCUCGAAAUGCAGAGCCUUUAUCAUCACAAAACGACGACGUUGACCAAAAACGACGUCGCUCGUGACACAGUUAGCAGUUGUCGUUUAUGCCCGCCGAAGCUGGGCAAGAGGUGGAGAGAGUACCAAGGUAGCCACGACUGGGAGGGCUUGCUCGACCCUCUCGACGAUGCUAUGAGGUGUGAGAUUCUAAGGUACGGCCAGUUCGUCGACGCCGCUUACCGUGCCUUUGAGUUUGACCCCACUUUCCCUGCUUACGCCACGUGUCGGUUUCCCAAGAACGUGUUGCUGACUCGGACCGGGUUCGGGCAUACCGGGUAUCGGGUCACCAAGCACUUGCAUGCCACGUGUGGGGUCCAGACGCCAGGUUGGAUUGAUAGGCUGCCUAGCUGGAUGUCUGUCAAGUCUAGUUGGAUUGGUUACGUAGCUGUUUGUCAUGACAAGGAGGAGAUUGCUCGUCUUGGCCGCAGAGACGUUGUGAUCGCCUUACGUGGCACCGCCACGUGUUUGGAGUGGCUCGAGAAUUUUCACACCACAUUGACUGAUUUGCCCCCGCUUGUCGGUCCCACUGGUUCUAUUGGCCCCAAGGUAGAGAGAGGGUUUUGUAGUCUUUACACCUCGCGUACUGCCACGUGUCCAAGUCUACAAGACAUGAUUAGGGAAGAAGUGGCCAGAGUCAUCCAAUUAUACGGUGAUGAGCCGCUUAGCUUGACGAUCACCGGUCAUAGCCUCGGAGCAGCACUCGCAAUCCUCAGCGCGUAUGAUAUAACCACCACUUUCGCCGACGCGCCAUUAGUAACGGUAUUCUCUUUCGGUGGGCCACGUGUUGGGAACAAAAGCUUGAGGUGUCAGCUGGACAAAAGUGGGACCAAGAUACUACGCAUCGUGAACUCCGACGAUCUGGUGACGAAGGUUCCAGGCUUUGUCAUGGAAGAGGAUGAUGACGUGGCAAAGAAGUAUAGUACCCACAUGGCAAGCUGGUUUCGGAAGCGCGUGAGGGGCACACAGUGGGGUUACGCUGACGUGGGGAAAGAGUUGAAGCUAUGUAGCAAAGAGUCGCCAUACUUGAACAACAUUAACUUUGCCACGUGUCAUGACCUGAAGACGUACCUUCACUUGGUUAAAGGGUUUGUUAGUUCCACGUGUCCAUUUAGAGCAACAAAGGAGGUGUUAUCCACGCGCUUCAUAAAUUAACUUAAAUGAUAGGCAUGUACGUAAAUAAUCUCCACCAUGCACAUAUAGUAGUCGAGCACUGAAAUUUUGUACUCGUAAAUUACUAUAUUUAGAUGAUAAUUUCUAUUCA